UCAUAGUGACAAUACUAUUCGGCACAUAAGUUUUUAUUUACAGUGUACAUAGCGCACCUUAACACGAUGACAGUUCGGUCAGUUUGAUGUUCAAACAACGAAGUUCUACCUGUUUGUUGUGUUAGGUUCACAGUGAAUAACAAAAUGAAUUUGCCCCAAAUAAACGAGGAAUCUAUUGAAGUGCCAAACAAAGCUGAAUGCAUCAAGGAGGAAAGUAUUAUAAAAAUCGAACCAGCACGCCUGCUGGCUGACGUCCUCCCGAACACAUUGAGUGAUGGUAAACAGCUGAAAGCUAAGGGGAAGUCUUUCGAGUGCAAUGAGUGUGAAAAAAAAUUUGCCUUUCGGAACUCCCUUAUUUCGCACAAGCUGACGCAUUCGGAUGCUGGAUGCUUUAACUGCAAUCUUUGCGACAAAAGGUUCAAGGAACAGGUAGUCUUGAGGAGGCAUUUGAAAAGGCACAGGAAGAAUGUUAAAUGUAAUGUCUGCGGAAAAGGUUUCCUUUAUCAGUUUAUGCUAAAGAAGCACGCGCUGACUCACUCGGAAGAUCCGGCCAUACGAAAGUUCAAAUGUGAGAUUUGUGAUAAAGCGUUCAAGAGUCAGUAUAACUUGAAUUUGCACUUGCGAACUCACACCAAUGUCAGCAGGCCUUUCGAAUGUGACGUGUGUGGGAAUAAUUUUGCCGUACGAGGCAGUCUGACCCGGCACAAGUUGAUUCACUCCAAUGAGCGAUCUUUCAAGUGCGAGUUCUGUGACAAAACGUUCCACGAAAAGUACGCCCAGUUGAGGCACCAGAAAAGUCACUUCAAAAAGGAGAAAUCUUUCGCGUGUGACGAGUGCCCAAAAACAUUCGCUUACAAUCAAUCACUGACCGAUCACAAGCUCAUUAUUCAUUCCACAGAACAAGCAAACAAAUGCCAAAUAUGUGGAAAAAGUUACCUUAAAAGAUACCUCAGGAUUCAUAUGCGAGUGCAUACUGGCAGUCAGCUCUACAAAUGCGAAGUAUGUGGAAAAAUCCUUUCGUCCAGAAAUGAACUCGCGAUUCACAUGAAAAUUCAUCGUGGUGAAGAGCCUUUCAAGUGCGAGGUUUGCGGCAAAAACUGCUCCAGCAAAUUUUACUUGAAGGCACAUCUGAGAUUGCACACAGAGAAAGAUCUGUUCGGUUGCGACAUUUGUGGCAAACAAUUUACACUGAAAAGUAACCUGCAGUAUCAUAUGGCAGUGCACCAAAAUAAUCGACCCCACCAGUGUGACAUUUGCGGGAAAGGAUUUAUCACCGGUCCGCAAUUGUUGGCGCACUCACGCGUGCAUAUCGACGAACGGCCCCAUAAGUGCGACAUUUGUGGCAAGUCCUACCAGAAGACACGAUGGUUGGAAAACCAUUUGGUUGCGCACAACAGUGGGAAAGUUGUUGCGCCGACGAAAAAGGAAUCUGUUGAAGUGCCAAACGAAGCUGAAUGCAUCAAGGAGGAUAGUAUUAUUAAAAUCGAACCAGCACGCCUGCCGGAUGACGUCCUCCCGAACACAUUGACUGAUGGUAGACAGCUGAAAGCUAAGGGGAAGUCUUUCGAAUGCAAUGAGUGUGAAAAAAAAUUUGCCUUUCGGAACUCCCUUAUUUCGCACAAGCUGACGCAUUCGGAUGCUGGAUGCUUCAACUGCAAUCUUUGCGACAAGAGAUUCAAGGAACAGGUGGUUUUGAGGAGGCAUUUGAAAAGGCACAGGAGGAAUGUUAUAUGUAAUGUCUGCGGAAAAGGUUUCCUUUAUCAGUCUAUGCUAAAGAAGCACGCGCUGACUCACUCGGAAGAUCACACCAAUGUCAGCAGGCCUUUCGAAUGUGACGUGUGUGGGAACGAUUUUGCCGUACGAGGCAGCCUGACCCGGCACAAGUUGAUUCACUCCAAUGAGCGAUCUUUCAAGUGCGAGUUCUGUGACAAAACGUUCCACGAAAAGUACGCCCAGUUGAGGCACCAGAAAAGUCACUUCAAAAAAGAGAAAUCUUUCGCGUGUGACGAGUGCCCAAAAACAUUCGCUUACAAUCAAUCACUGACCGAUCACAAGCUCAUUAUUCAUUCCACAGAACAAGCAAACAAAUGCCAAAUAUGUGGAAAAAGUUACCUUAAAAGAUACCUCAGGAUUCAUAUGCGAGUGCAUACUGGCUCUCAGCUCUACAAAUGCGAAGUAUGUGGAAAAAUCCUUUCGUCCAGAAAUGAACUCGCGAUUCACAUGACAAUUCAUCGUGGUGAAGAGCCUUUCAAGUGCGAGAUUUGCGGCAAAAACUGCUCCAGCAAAUUUUACUUGAAGGCACAUCUGAGAUUGCACACAGAGAAAGAUCUGUUCGGUUGCGACAUUUGUGGCAAACAAUUUACACUGAAAAGUAACCUGCAGUAUCACAUGGCAGUGCACCAAAAUAAACGACCCCACCAGUGUGACAUUUGCGGGAAAGGAUUUAUCACCGGUCCGCAAUUGUUGGCGCACUCACGCGUGCAUAUCGACGAACGGCCCCAUAAGUGCGACAUUUGUGGCAAGUCCUACCAGAAGACACGAUGGUUGGAAAACCAUUUGGUUGCGCACAACAGUGGCAAAGUUGUUGCGCCGACGAAAAUGUACAUAGCGGACAACGGUAAGAUGACAGUUCGGUUCAGAUUGAAUAACAAAAUGAAUAUAUUCCAAAUAAACCAGGACGGCAAUGGUUGCAAAGAGGAAAGUUUUAUUAAAGUCGAAGAUUCAUGCUUGAGUGAGCCAGUCGAUCAACCGGAUAGCAUCCAUUCAAAACCUUUGAUUGAUGAGUACCAUAAGAACAAACCAGACGUGUGCAAAAUCUGUGGCAAACAGCUAAAAGUUUAUAAUAUGGAACGGCACUUGCGUGCGCACUCCCACACGUCGACUUUGAAGUGUGACAUUUGUGGCAAAACGCUCAAGAAUCAAACCCGUCUGACCAAGCACAAAAAGAGUCAUUCCAAUGAGCGAUCUUUCAAAUGUGAAUUCUGCGACAAAAGAUUCAGUAGUAAGCACAAUCAAUUGAGGCACCAGCAAACUCACCUUGAAAGAAAAAAACGCAAGGCCUUACUUUCUGAUCCACAAGCUAACAAAUGCCAAAUUUGUGGAAAAAGUUACACUGGAGGUUACCUCAGGAUUCAUAUGCUAACGCAUACUGGUAAUCAGCGCUACAAAUGUGAAAUAUGCGGAAAAAUUUCUACGUCCAAAAAUGACCUUGAGAUUCACAUGAAAAUUCAUCGUGGCGAAGAGCCUUACAAGUGCGAGAUUUGCGGCAAGAGUUGCUUAAGCAGCUCUUCUUUUAAGGCACAUCUACGGUUGCAUACAGAGAAGGGUCUGUUCGACUGCGAAAUUUGUGGUAACCGAUACACAUUGAAGAACAGCUUGCAGUAUCACAUGGCAGUGCACACUAAUAAUCGGCCCCACAAAUGUGGAAUCUGUGGGAAAGGAUUUAUUACCGGUUCGCAGAUGUUGAGGCACUCUCGCACGCAUACCAAGGAACGGCCACAUAAAUGUUACAUCUGUGGCAAGUCCUACAGAUUUGGUCAGUUUGAUGCUAAAAACGCAAAUCUCUACCUAGAUCUACCUAUUUGUUGUGUUAGGUUCAAAGUGAAUAACAAAAUGAAUAUUUCCCGAAUAAUCAAGAAUGGUAAUGGUUGCGAAGAGGAAAGUUUUAUUAGAGUCGAAGAAGAACGCUUGAGUGAGCCAGUCGAUCAACCGGAUGACAUCCAUUCAAAACCUUCGAUUGCUGAGAACAAACCAAACGUGAGCAAGAUCAGUGGCAAACGACCAAAAGUUCAAAAUAUGGAACGGAACUUGCGUGUACACUCGCGCGCGAAGACUUUCAAAUGUAAGAUUUGUGGCAAAACGCUCAAGAAUCAAACCUAUCUGGUCACGCACGAAAGGAGUCAUACCAAUGAGCGACCUUUCCAGUGUGAGAUCUGUGACAAAAGGUUCAAUGAUAAGUCCAGUCAAUUGAGGCACAAGAAGCUUCAUUUAGAACCCCGCCUCAAAAGGAAAAGAACUUUCGCUUGCGAUGAGUGCCCGAGAACAUACCUUCACUAUGAAUCAUUGUGCGAACACAAAGUCCUACAUUCUGAUCCACAAGCUAACAAAUGCCAAAUUUGUGGGAAAAGUUUCACUAAAGAUUACCUCAAGAUUCACAAGCUGGUUCAUACUGGCAAUCAGCGCUACAAAUGCGAAAUAUGUGGAAAAAUCCUUUCGUCCAAAAAUGACCUUGAGAUUCACAUGCAAAUUCAUCGUGGCGAAGAGCCUUACAAGUGCGCGUUUUGCAGCAAAAGUUUUUUCAGCAACUCCACUUUGAAGGCACAUCGACGAUCACAUAAAGAGGAGGAUCUGUUCGGUUGCGAAAUUUGUGGUAAACGUUAUACGAUGAAAAGCAACUUGCAGUAUCAUAUGGCAGUGCACACGAAUGAUCGACCUCACAAAUGUGGAAUCUGUGGGAAAGGAUUUAUUACUGGUGCGCAAUUGUUGAAGCACUCGCGCAGACAUACCGGCGAACCGCCGGUUUUACAUAAAUGUAACAUCUGUGGCAAGUCCUACAAAACGACAAAAUCCAUCAAAACCCAUUUGGCUGCUCACGACAGUGAGAAAGCUAUUGCUGCGACGGAAAGUAGCUAAACGUUCAGAAUCAUCCCGAUUCAAUCAUUUUUAGGAUAAUACUUAGUUGAUGUAAUGUAUCAAUAAAUAAUUUAUCUCUUGCUUGUUUUAAA